AUGCAACUUCUCUUUCAACAUCAUACUACACUAGAAAAAGCUCGAAAAGAUGGAUUAUUUGGCUAUCAGGGUCAUAAUUUUCUUGUUAGAUGUGGUCCAAAUUUAGCUCUUUUAGACAAUGAUCUACAAAAAGUCAAGCAUUUAAUCGAUUUAUUUCCUGUUCCAUUUUUAUUUGCACGUCUUUAUCGUUUUCAAGAAAUUGCUCAUAAGAAAAGAACAAGAAUAACAUUUCUUAUCGGUGGUGUUCAUUGUUGUGGUGUUAGUCGAUUUCAAACUCGAGAAGAAAAUAUUUCAUUACCUCUUCAUGAUUCCAAAUUAAUGUAUCAAAUAAUUUCAUCUGCCAUUGCUAAUAGACCUGCCAGCAAAAAUAAUUAUUCGUGUUGCUAA